AUGCACAGUGCUCACGCACUAUGUCCGGCUAUCCUGCCUUCUCCCGCACCUCCCUGGAUUUGCAGAACACGAGAUGCAGGAGAAAAAGGGGAAGGGUCUGGAGGGGGGCCCACCUCCCCGCAGGGAACUGAACCUCUCGUUCUGUGCCCCCCCCACCAAUCUCUGUUUGCAGCCAUCAUUAUCGUCUUUGAUUUGAAUGACGUGGCAUCGCUGGACCACACGAGGCAGUGGCUGGCCGAUGCCCUGAAGGAGAAUGACCCGUCCAGCGUCCUCCUCUUCCUGCUGGGCACUAAGAAGGACCUCAGCACACCUGCGCAGUACAACCUUAUAGAGCGGGACGCCCGGAAGGUGGCGAAGGAGAUGCAGGCUGAAUACUGGGCCGUCUCCUCCCUCACAGGUGAGAACGUGCGGGAAUUUUUCUUCCGUCUGGCCGCCCUCACCUUCGAAGGCAGCGUGCUGGCGGAGCUGGAGAAGAGCCAGGCACGCCGGAUUGGGGACGUUGUGCGGAUUCAUGGGGACGAGCGAGACUUGUACGCGACAGAGAAGAGGAAGAGGACCAAAUGCUGCGCGUGACGAAGCCCCCCCUGAACAGCCCCCUCCCCCCCGGCAUUUGCACUGGACUCUUUUCUAGACCAAAGGAAGACCCCUCCUCAUUUCUGACACAGGGGAAGCAGCCACCUUCCCCCCAACUCUCUGACAGUGCCAAACCAAAGAGUAGAAUGAAGAUGUCCAAACUUUUAAGACUUGUGGACUUCAAUUCCCAGAAUUCCCCAGCCAGCACAGAAUUGUGGGAGUCGAAGUCCACAUGCCUUCCAGAUGGCUGUGGCAUUGUGGGAGUUGAGGUCCAGAAGUCUUGAACUUGGCUGGGGAAUUCUGGGAGUUGAAGUUUGCAAGUCUUAAAGUUGCCAGGCUCAGACGCCUCUGUUGUAGAGCAUCUCCUCCUGAACACUUCCUGGCUUCAGGCUCACCUCUGCCUUCCCUCACCUGGGCUGAGCAUGCUCACCUUUGAGGACCCCACCCCCAAGUGGCAGCUGAAGCCCCCAGGCUUGCUCGGACUGUGCCGGCCACUUCCUGCUGACCGAAGAAGAAACACUUUUUGUCUACGGAGAUUCUCAAAACACCUCGGUCGCUUUUCUGUA